CCUCAAGCAGUUUAUAUUCACGUGAGUAAGCAUAACAAGAUUAGGCUCAAAUAUAUCACAGAUCUACAACACAACAUACUGUACUGCUACUCUAAUAAUAAAGCAAAUACUGUACAUUUUCAAAAUUGCCUAAUUUCAUAUUUGCAUAAAAAUUAAAAUUAAAAGGGAGUAAACAAUGGGUUUUAAAAAUAGCCUAAAAGCACAUUGACUCAUUUUCAAAGCCUCUCAGGAUUACAUUCUGUCAAGAAAUUAUCUAAAUUCUAAAAUUCCCUUUAUUAUACAUUUACCCAACUGUGUCUUUCCACUCCAUCACGUCCAAUUUCAAACCUAUUCUGAGAAAGAUUGUUCUCUUUGUUUUAGUACUGCAGUGACCAUAAAAGCCUAACCAGUUAAACCACCAAGGAAACCUGAGAGAGUGAAAUUAGGAGUUUGACGACUGAAGCACUCCUUCAGUGAGAGAGAAAAGGAAUCAACUCUGUGGUCUAGUGCUAUGCCUAGAAACUGAGCUUUCCAGGCUUGGAUAAGAAAUGGAUAAGGAUGAGAUUGACCUUCAGAGAAUCCCCCCAGAGGCACCUUGGGGGCCACGCACUAACAGUGCAUUUCAUGGGGUGGAAUUUCUGCCAGAAGAUCUUGGUGAGGGUCUGAAUAAAACUGCAAUGAGAGUGAAUGAGAAAUAUUCCUCUCUACCUGCUGAGGAGAAGGGGAUUCACAUUAUCAACAUCCGAGCUAUUGAAGACAUCGGAUACAUCCAGCGUGAAAGUACAUUAUUAAAUUCGCUGUGUCAGGAUCCAGAUGCCAACUGCAAACAUGGACUCUAUUUUAGAGAUGGCAAGAGGAAAGUGGACUACAUCUUGGUUUACCAUUACAAGAAAUCCUCAGUCAGUAAGACGCUCACUAGACGAAUUUAUCACAAUGACUCAAGUGCCCGAAGCAUCAAACAGGAUCAUCAGCUUCCUGGGAAGGGCGGGCACCUUGACGUGGGAGAAAGUGAGACUCACAUGGACUAUCAUGAAGAUGAUAAGAGAUUCCGCAGAGAGGAGUAUGAAGGCAAUCUCAUGGAGGCUGGUCUGGAAUUGGAAAGAGAUGAAGAUACUAAAAUACAUGGGGUUGGAUUUGUAAAAAUACAUGCACCUUGGAAUGUUUUGUGCCGGGAGGCAGAAUUUCUGAAACUCAAGAUGCCCACAAAAAAGGUGUAUCAGAUAAAUCAAGCCCAUGGUCUUUUGAAAAAAAUUAAUUCUGUAAUUCAAAAAAUAACAGAACCUAUCCAGCCAAAAGUAGCAGAACACAAACCAGAGACAGUGAAACGCCUCUCUUAUCCCUUCUCCCGGGAGAAACAACACUUAUUUGAUUUGUCUGACAAAGAGUCCUUUUUUGACAGCAAAACUAGAAGCACGAUAGUUUAUGAAAUACUGAAAAGAACAACAUGUACCAAAGCCAAGUAUAGCAUGGGAAUCACCAGUCUGCUUGCCAAUGGAGUUUACAGUGCUGCAUAUCCUUUGCAUGAUGGUGACUACGAAGGUGAAAAUGUUGAGCUCAAUGACAGAAAACUCUUGUGUGAGGAAUGGGCAAGCUAUGGAGUCUUUUAUAAAUACCAGCCAAUUGACCUGGUGAGAAAAUACUUUGGAGAGAAGAUUGGACUGUAUUUUGCCUGGCUGGGAGUUUAUACUCAAAUGCUCAUUCCUGCUUCCAUUGUAGGGGUUAUUGUGUUUCUGUAUGGCUGUGCAACCGUGGAUGAGAAUAUACCAAGUAUGGAGAUGUGUGAUGAGAGAAACAAUAUCACCAUGUGUCCUCUAUGUGACAAUACAUGCAGUUACUGGAAAAUGAGCUCUUCCUGUGCCACUGCUAGAGCGAGUCACCUGUUUGACAACCCAGCAACUGUCUUCUUCUCUGUCUUUAUGGCUCUGUGGGCUGCCACUUUUAUGGAACACUGGAAGAGAAAACAGAUGCGUCUCAACUAUAGAUGGGAUUUGACUGGGUUUGAAGAAGAAGAGGCUCAUCCCAGAGCAGAAUAUGAAGCUAAAGUAUUAGAAAAAUCACUGAGAAAAGAAUACAUACAUAAAAAGAAGCGUCGACAUUUGCCAGAAGAGACAGGAAACAAAUGGAGACAGAGAGUUAAGAGAGUCAUGGCUGGGGUGAAAUUGACUGAUAAAGAGAAACUAACAUGGAAAGAUCGUUUUCCAGCAUAUUUUACCAAUUUUGUUGGCAUUAUCUUCAUGAUUGGACUGACAUUUGCUAUCGUGUUUGGAGUCAUUAUAUACAGAAUCUCCACUGCAGCAGCCUUAGCCCUCAGCUCAACUCCCUCUGGCCGGUCUAGUGUUAGAGUAACUGUCACUGCAACUGCAGUUAUUAUUAAUCUGGUGGUGAUCAUCAUUCUGGAUGAAGUAUAUGGCUGCAUAGCCAGGUGGCUAACUCAGAUUGAGGUCCCAAAAACAGACAAGAGUUUUGAAGAGCGGCUGAUCUUCAAGGCGUUCCUUCUGAAAUUUGUCAAUGCCUACACUCCCAUUUUCUAUGUUGCUUUCUUUAAAGGCCGAUUUGUUGGACGUCCCGGAGACUAUGUCUACAUUUUUCAUUCUUUCCGAAUGGAAGAGUGUGCCCCUGGUGGUUGCUUAAUGGAAUUGUGUAUCCAGCUUAGUAUUAUCAUGUUGGGCAAACAGCUGAUUCAGAAUAAUCUCUUUGAGAUUGGUAUCCCAAAAAUGAAGAAAUUAAUAAGAUACAUCAAAUUAAAGCGACAACGCUCUUUAGAUCAUGAGGAGCAUAUGAAAAAAAAACAACGCUAUGAAGUGGACUAUAACUUGGAGCCUUUUGCUGGGCUUACUCCAGAAUACAUGGAAAUGAUUAUCCAGUUUGGAUUUGUAACCUUGUUUGUUGCAUCCUUCCCACUGGCUCCUUUGUUUGCGUUAUUGAACAACAUCAUUGAAAUACGUCUAGAUGCAAAGAAAUUUGUCACUGAGCUUAGAAGACCAGUUGCAGUCAGAGCAAAAGAUAUAGGAAUCUGGUAUAAUAUCCUCAGAGGUGUAGGAAAACUUGCUGUAAUAAUAAAUGCAUUUGUGAUCUCAUUCACAUCUGACUUCAUUCCACGCCUCGUGUACCUGUAUAUGUACAGUGAGAAUGGCACCAUGCAUGGCUUCGUGAACCAUACACUAUCCUCUUUUAAUGUCAGCGAUUUUCAAGGAGGAACAGCCCCAAAUGACCCAAUGGAACUUGGCUACGAGGUUCGGAUAUGCAGAUACAAAGAUUACCGAGAACCCCCGUGGUCUGAAAACAAAUAUGAAAUUUCAAAGGACUUCUGGGCUGUCCUAGCAGCAAGAUUAGCAUUUGUGAUAGUUUUUCAGAACUUGGUCAUGUUUAUGAGUGACUUUGUGGACUGGAUUAUCCCAGACAUUCCCAAGGAUAUUAGUCAGCAGAUUCAUAAAGAGAAAGUUCUCAUGGUGGAGGUGUUCAUGAAAGAAGAACAGGGAAAGCUGCAAAUGCUAGAAACCUGGAAAGACAAGGACAUGAAAAAAGGUGAAAACUGUAACAACCACAGCCCCAAGCUCUCAAGGAGCCAAAGCGGGAGCAUGUCCUCCUGCCAUUCAUAUCACAUUGAUGUAUAGAAGAGGAAGGUAGUUUUGAUUUGUUGAGGCAUUCCAUUGAGAAACAAGCCAUCACUUAAAGGGCAAGACUUGAUUUAUAUACACCCAGGUGAAUGUUUAAGUAUGUGCAACCAUUUUGCUCCCAUCUUUGUGAGAAGUGCACUUCUUACAAAUAUGGAAGGCCACAUUCUAUUUUGGAUAGGAAUUUUUUUUUAAGUAACGCAGGGAAUUUUUAUAUUUCAUAGUUAGAUAACACUGUGGAUGUUAGUGUGUUUUAACAAAAUGCUGGUACUUAAAAAUGUUCUCUGAGAAUCUGACUUUAGCUUAUUAAUUAAGAAAUAACCAAAGUAAAUUUCAAAUAAGAAUUUUAAAUCUUUUUGGCAGUCCAUUCCUGAAAGGCUUCAGGCAGAUCUACAAAACAUAAGCAAAGUUAAUUUUACAAUGUGCUCUAGCAUUUCAUUUAACAGGAGAAAGGAAACAAUAUAAACCUUAUAUGGCAUCUUCAGUUUCAAAAGAUGCAGCUCAGCUCCCCUGGCAGACAUAAUCUGGAUUUGAACUUGCAGAUCCUAGGCAAACAAAACUCCCAUUGCAGUCACUAGGCUAUAUACACUGAAGCUGGUGCAGGGUAAAUUACCCAUUGGGAGAUUAACCUUAUCGACAGGGAUGUGGACGGGGAGAGAAUAGCUUUUUUUUUUUUUUUUAAAAGCUGGGACUCUAUAGGGACCCUGCUAGCAGUCUACUGUGCACUAGAGUCUUCCAUUUGGGCACUUCCCCACUCAGAAAACUGAGAAGAUGAAGUCAACGCAGAGUAUGUUAACCUUUAUCCCAACUCUGCGCACCACUGACAGCUCUUCACUGACCCAAAAAGCUCGUCAGGUGAAUGAUUCAUGUUGAUGCAGGUGCUCCAGUGCCCUGGACAGUAUUGUGGUCUUGUUAUAUUCUAUUAUGGGUUCUGAAGCAGUAGCAGCACAGCAGUAGCACAAUUUCAUAGGAUUUCUCAGCAGCCAGAGCAAUGUGGAGCAUUUUCAAAAGUGUCCUGAAUUAAUGAGCACAUGUAUAGCUACAGUAAUUUACACUGCCCCGCCUAAUAUCUAGGCACCAUUGUUGCUGAAAGAAUACACCGAAUCCACCUUUCCCCAUCAGCUCCUUUUCUACAGCUCACUCUCCUUUGCAAUGAAGAGGAGGUCACACCAUCACAGCCACUUUGCUUGGCUACAGUCUCCCCAACAUGGCAGACUUUCUGAUCCUAAUAACAUCUACUAUGCCAGGAAGAGUAAGGGUAGAUUGUCACGGAGUGUGGGGAGUCCAGUCCUGCACCCCUCUUUCUGGGACCCACAGUGACACUCAGCCAGCCAGUAAAACAGAAGGUUUAUUGGACAACAGGAACACAGGUUACAGCAGAGCUUGCAGGCACAGUCAGGACCCCUUAAUCGAGUCCUUCUGGGCUUUCAGGAUGCUUGGAUCCUAGCUAGGAUACCCUGAAUUCCGCCCACACAGCCCCAAGCCCAAACUCAAAACUGCUUCCCUCCUGCCACUCCCUUCCUUUGUCCCCCUUCCCGGGCAAAGGUGGUGACCUUUCCCCUCCCUUACCUAGUUCAGGUUACAGGCUCCGGUAUCGUCCAUCCCCUAAAGUCCUCCCCUGCUCUCCCAUUCCCCACACAGACAGCCCCUACUCCAUCACAUAGAUUCUGUGUGAAUAUGAUCUUAUUGUCUUUAAUGGAAGUUUUGCCUACUCUGGAAAUACAGGACCAGAACUUCAAUUACAGGACUUUUAUUUUGUCUUAAAAUAUGUUAUCUUAUAUAUAAUAUAUAUGUCAUUUCCUUAAAAUAAUUCUAAAAUCCUUAUCUGGAAUGCAUAUCCAGACCACAUCAGUGCAACUCUUUCAUGUAUAGUACAUUUUUAGAUUAAGGUUUGUCUAGUGAUAAACUGCACUUCCUAAUAAUAUUGGUGCAAUUAACCUCAUUCCCUUUAACACCUUCUCUUGUCCAUGGCACUUAUACUGAAAACAGGAAACUAAACAAUAAACUAAACCAAAUAACUAAAAUAAAAACAAAACUUUCAGUCUAUCUACUGUAUGGUUUGUUACAAAACCAAAUGUCAAAAGACUUAUACUUCAUGAAAAUAAGUGAGGGGGGUUGUCUUUUUUCUUUUGUUUGCCAAAGUAAUUUAAAGAUUUAAAAUAGAACUUUAAAAAUACCACACUUUGUUUUGUAAUAUUUAUUGGUUUUACUAUAAAGUAUGUGAUUACCUUCAGAUGUUUUUUUCUGUAGUCUGUUCAAAAAGACACCAGAAGAGAAAUUAUGUGAAAAGAAGUGAAUUAUAAUAACCAAAUAUUGUUAAAACUAAUUUAAAAUAUUGAUCCAACCAAAUAUUUUUAUUAAUAAAGGGCUUAUAUUUUGUUAAUGCUUGUUUCUCUAAUAUUUUGACUUGCAGGAAUGUCACUAUUUUUUUUAAUUAUAGUUUGAGAUGUUUAGUAAAAUAGGGCCAAAUCCUGUCUGAUUUAUUCUCAUACAGAAUAAGCACUGUGCCUGAUAGUAUCUAUAUGCAAAAUCAGGCUCACUGACUACAGCAGAGUCACUAGUAUAAGUAAGACAAGCAGAGUUGUGUCCAUACUCCAUAUAGAAAAUAUAAUCGUUAUUUCAUUCAUUAAUAACCUAAGAAGUCUAGAAAGAAACAAAUAGGUAGACACCUUUUAUGAAGAUAAAUGUUAGGGAACUUACUCUGAAGGAAUUUCAACUGUAUCUAAUAUUCUUGGCUUAAUACUGACAUUCCUGUAAAUAGUAAACUAUACUCAAGUACAUAUUUGUCAUAAAUUUUAUUAUUUGCUGAAACCAUAAGAGUAUACUUUCUUUUGUACAGUAAAUUGUUUGUUUGAAAUGAGAUUUUGUAUAUAAAUACUGUAUUACU